GACAAAUGAAAUAGUAAUAUUCCCUCUUGAAUUAUUUAAAAUUUUUCAAGUCAAAUUUGGGAAUGGAGUAUUAAUUAAGAAGAUUGUUGAGGCAAUUAAGAAAUUAGUAAAUAAUGUAAAUUUAGAAGCGAAUGGGACAGUCAUUAUGGGUAACUAAUGAUUAAAUACAAUAAGGCUAAGGAUACUUCGCAUGCAGCUAUAUUAGCAUAGUAAUUAAAUGAGAAGGUUUUCAAGAGAUACUGAUGUGAAAGGUAACUAUGGGUUUGAGUAUUGAAAAUUAAUAAAAAUUAAUUAGAUGUUCUGGGAAAGAAGAUCAAAUAUCUUUGAGAACUUAUGAUGAAGGACUAAAAAAAUUAUCCUUAACAUUUGAAUGAAAAUGUACUUAAGAUAUGAUUAGAUUAGAUAGAAUAUGUGAAAUUUUGUUGAAUUAAUAUCCUAGAUUA